AGAGGUGUUGCGGUCUUACUAAGCCAUUUAACAGAAAAAUCAGCCUAUACCGAAAACGCUAAGGAUUUUUGCAAUUGGUUGAAAUAUAAAGCUCCAUCCACACCAAAAGGAAUGGUAUUCUUGCAAGAAUGGGGCUCCAACCGACAUGCAGCAAAUGUUGCUUUCAUUUGCUUAGCAUUGACCAAGUAUAACCCAACAAUAGAAUUUGUUUCAUUCUCUCGAAAACAAAUCCACCUGCUUCUUGGAGAUGCAGGAAGAAGUUACGUUGUGGGUUUUGGUAACAAUCCGCCCCUACGGCCACAUCAUUCAGGUGCGUCGUGUCCUGAUAGACCUGCUCCUUGUGGUUGGGAUUAUUUGCAUACCACUAAUCCAAAUCCCCAAAUUUUAUAUGGUGCGUUGGUAGGUGGGCCAAAUUCGCAAGGUAUAUACGAAGAUCGAAGAAACAAUUAUGUGACAAACGAAGUAGCCCUUGAUUACAACGCCGGAUUCCAAUCUGCUCUUGCUGCAUUACUUGUCCAACAGAAGGCAGGAAAAUGCUGA